UUCGUUUCUUCUCUCUGUAUAAAAAACCAUUUUCGCACCAGGCUAGGUGCAGUCGCAAUAACGUUCCAUGGAAGUGGCAGCCGACCGUCCGUGCAAACAUUGCUCAACAUUUCUAGGCUUCAGUGCAGAAAGAGAAAAUCACGCCCAAUGUUUAGGAAGAAAGACGACGGGUCAGCGACGAAGGUUCAAGGAUAACAUGUUUUGUUUCACUAAACACACAGAACGAUACCGAUCUACGUUAGCGACCGAUAUGGAAACUAAGGUAACGGCAAACCCCGGUUUCAAGCGGAAUGAAAACAACUCAGCUAUGGGUAGCAGUGCAAUUUGUGUUGAACAGCACAAACGGUUCUAGCGUCGAAUUAUUGUAAUCGCAUCGGAAUAGCAUUACAUUGCACUCUCCCGCGCGGCUUAUCAUCCCGGCAGUCAUGCAAACCACCUACAACCAUCACGCUUUUCUCGGUGUCAGAAAAAUAGUCUCACCAAGCACCGGUCAGAGCGAUAAGCGGCAGCAACAACAAAAAUGGUUACAUGGAAUGCGUUCAAAUGGUUGUGCCGUGAUGGUUGGCUGCUGUGCAAAUAUGGUUGUGCGGUAAAAACCAUCUUAUCAGUAGCAAAAAACCACCGCGCCAAAGCACUUCAUCUCACCCCAGUGCACUGUGUGGUGCGUCAUAAGCAGCGGGCAUAGAAAACGGGUAGAAAACCAUCUUUAGAUACACAUCACACCCAUACACAGCAAACACUGCGGGCCCGAUGACUAGAUGGUUUUCAGAUGGUUGGAGCCGAACAAAGAAAUCACAUGGUUGCUGAGUGUACAAGAGACACGGGCCCGCGCACAGACACAGACACGCACACAGGGCGAUAGUUAGCAAUGAUUUCCCUUUCCAUACGGUUGCAACCAUUUGGACGUCGUCGGACAGGGUGUCGGUUUGCCGGUGGGCAGAAGAGCAAGCAGUCCGAAUGGUUUUGAAGUGCGCAGUUGCGCGUUUAAAGCGUAUGUGUGUGUGUGUGCGCGAACAAACUGACGGCACGGUUUUACAUGGUUUGAAUUGCGUGCGCAGAAAUGGUUUUCUCGCUGCUCACACACCACUACCACGCUAAAGGUGUGUACGCUUCGCGGUUGAUCCCGUGUGGUUGUCGUACUUUUUUUCUUCCUUUCUCUCUCUUCCCCCGUCCGACCAAGGCCGCACAAACACGUUCUGCGAUCGAGCCCGACACAGGGCCAGCAAAAAGCCGAUCCCUAGGUUCGCGGAUCAGUCGAUAUUCGAAGGCUAGUUGUGUCGUGUGUGCAAGUGUCCACGGAAAUACGACUGCAACAGCGGUAUGGUAAGCAAUAUUGCAAUCCUGUCACGAUAGGAAGUGAUAAACACGCCGGAUCCGGUCAUCAUCCCGGCCUGCCGUAAAGUGGAUGACAAAAGAAUCGCUCCACGAACCGGGGACAGAACGGAAAGAUUCAGGUUACUACGCGUUUUGCCCCUUUCCAUAUCUCUAGCAGGCAUUGCCAUCGUCAAUGACAACAACGGGUGUCUUGUACCUGAGAGUUAUGCUACAACACCACACGGAUAAGAAUUGCUUCCCAUCCACAGAGCACAGCGUCCGAAGGGUUUACAAAGUGCGCGCUGCUUUAUCAAUACUUUCGUUUGCAUUGUCCGUUUGCCCAGUUGUUGUGCUGUAAAGUGCUAUUUUCUAUGUAUCAUUCCCCUUUUCGGACCUUGGUGUGCGUUUCCUAUGUAUCUGCUGUGAUGCGGGAGUGAAUCGGGAGAGAGAAGAAGAAGAGAGAGAGAGAGAGAGAGAGAGAGAGAGAGAGAGAGAGAGAGAGAGAGCGCACACGAGGGGCACAUGCUGGCUGCCGCAAGAGAGACGAUAAGAAUGACAUCAAAAUCAGCUGGUUGUGUCAUUAGUGAAGAACGAGCGGCCCUAACAAGACGCGGUCGGUGCUGUUGUUACCCCCUUCUCCCUUUGUACCCAGUGAAUGUAUAGCUAAGAACGAAAACACCAAAACAAUCUCAAGGUCUGGAGAGCAAAACCCCAAGACCCCCAACGGACGCGCCAAGCUGCUAAUUGUGAUUCCGAAUUCCUUCAGGGUCGAUUAGUUUCGAGUGUUUGAGUAAGAAGAAAACCUUCAAACGCCAUCGUACCGGACUAAAUAUUCUUAACGGACAGCACCCGGCGGGGGUUGUCCAAUCUACGCAGGCAGGCAGGCUGAAACCGCACAAGCAACACACAAGAGAGUCAAAUUUGCAGUGACAGCAGAGCAUCUUGUACUAAAUCACGCAACCAGGCACACGGCGGCGGGCCUUGAUUGCCAUUGUGUUCGCCUAAUCCACUGAAUGGGAAGCGUUGGACUGUAGUCCCUUUGAGUUCACAACGCGCGCGUCCUCGAGUGUAGAGUAACCUAGAGUAAGGGCGCAGCAGUUCAUCCCCAGACUUGUGUGAAGUGUAACGAAGAAAUACUCUCCGAUCCUCAGCGGUCGCAGUGAAGAAUGGCAACGAUGAUGAACGUAACCAGCAGCUUUCUGGACGAAACGCUCGUCUAUCUGUACCGGGAGAUGAAUCACUUCGUGCCGGAGUUUAUCGUCUCGUUCGGCUACGUGCCGUGGGUGUUUUCGCUGCUCGGUUCGGCACUGAUCGGACUGUCCGGCAUACUGCCGAUGUUUAUCAUCCCGGAUCCGGCCAAAGGUGGAAAGGAUUCGGAACUGAGUGAUCCGGCCGAAUCAAAGACCCUCAAACUGCUGCUCAGCUUCGCCGUGGGUGGCCUGCUGGGCGAUGUCUUUCUGCAUCUGCUGCCGGAAACGUGGGAGCACGAGAUUGCGGCCGGACCGACGGCCGACGGACAUCCGUCCCUGCGCAGCGGCCUCUGGGUGUUAGGCGGUCUGCUGCUCUUCACGAUGGUGGAAAAGAUCUUUUCCGGCUAUGCAAACGUGGACGAAAAGAACCCGCAGCCAAAAUGUGUCGAAAUCGCCACCUGCCUGCUGCGCCGAAGUGGUGGCAAACUGCCCGAAGGGUUCGUUGGCUGCGGUGGCGAUGGGAAGGGUUCGUGCGACAUCGAGGACGUACCGAACGGGUGCUUCCUGGCAGGAAACGGGGCCGGUGGUGAUACGGCACGUGACGAAGCGGGCCACAAGAAGGUGGCCGGAUAUCUGAAUCUGCUGGCCAAUUCGAUCGACAACUUUACGCACGGGCUGGCGGUGGCGGGUUCGUUCCUGGUCUCGCUACAGCACGGCCUACUGGCUACGUUUGCCAUUUUGUUGCACGAAAUUCCGCACGAAGUGGGCGACUUUGCGAUCCUGCUCCGGUCCGGAUUUAGCCGCUGGGAUGCGGCCAAGGCGCAGCUUCUAACCGCCGGGGCCGGUUUGCUCGGUGCGCUGGUGGCGAUCGGUGGUAGCGGUGCUACGACGGCGCUGGAAGCAAAAACCUCCUGGAUUGCACCGUUCACUGCCGGUGGCUUUCUGCACAUUGCACUCGUGACGGUGCUGCCGGAUCUGCUGGACGAGUCGAGCCCGUGGGAAUCGUUCAAGCAGUUUGCCGCCCUGCUGCUCGGCAUCGGAUUAAUGGCGUUCAUGACCAUUUAUCUAGAACAUUAGGGUUUAUGGUAAUAGUGCAAGGUACAUUUCAAGGCUGGCUGGUUUCCGGCGGCAAGUACACAGUACACGGUGUGCGUGGUUCGUUUGUUGCGUUGCGCAUCGGAAACGGUACGUUUAUUUUUGUAUAGAUAUUUGUUAAACUGUCCCGUAAGAAACAACUUAUACGCUACAAAAUCACACGCACGAUAUAAUGUGAUAGGUUUAGCUGACGAUUACUACUAUUUACCUACAACUGGUAGGGGAAAUUGACUACACCCUUUCCCUCCCAUACUGAACGGUAACAAGCGAUGUAAAUAUAAAUCAUGAUGCAUUGAAAGAGAGCGCCAAGAGAGAACGAUUCUGAACCGUCUUUCAAAAUUAAGUUAGUUGCUAAUUGAGUAAGAUAGUAGAAUGGCAGGCGUGAUUGGAAAUUAUAGUUAAUAGCAGUAAGGAACAAAUAUAGGACUUCAACACACGUGCGUGCGUGCGUGCAUAGGCUAGCAGGGACACGGUGUGAUCGAAUCACGAAGAAAUUAGACGAUGCCAUAUGUUACUAUAUUAUUGAUGUUGUCUUCCGAUUUCGGAGGAGCGUUUUCCGAUAAAAGUAAACAAUUACUUCAGCAAACUUUGUAAUACUUUGCAAUUUAUUCAAAAAACCACUCCUCUCACGCGCAACAAAACAGACUCAAUGAAUGGUAGUUAGACGGUGUGUGUGUGUGUCUAGCAAACUAGUCGGAUUGAAUUUUUACCGAACUACCAAUCCUCCCCUUCUGUGAAGCAAUUAUUACUGUAACGUGUAUCUGUAAAUUCCAACAUUUCUCAAUUUGUAUAAUGGAUGAAAUAUAGGAGUAAACACACUUCGCGCCCCGGGGAGAUUGAUUGUGAUAGAAUCUUUCGUGCGCGUGUACAUCACUUGAAAUCAACGCGAAAGAUUAACGCUGUUGUGUUAGUAUGUAAACAACAAGGUCAAAUAAAUUACAUCUCAAUGUGAGAAGGUGUUUGAAA